UGCCAAAGAAAGGGAUAAAGGGGGAAACCUGGAUUGGAGCAUUAUCUUAGGGCAAUGCCAUUGACAGAGUAGGGAUGGCGGCCUCUCCUCCCCAUUCCCUCCCUCUCUUUCUUUCUUUCUUUCCCGGAGGGGGUAAGGCGAGGGGCUUGCAAGCCCUGAUAGGCGCUAUCGGGUUUUUUCUCCGCCUUUAAAGGCUCUCCGGGGCAGAGAGCGGAGACGCAGAAGGAGAAAGAAGGGCAAGGGGAAAGGGGAGGGGGAGAGGCGUCGGUGUUGCGCAUGCGUGCGGAGGGAGGGGGCAAAGGAGAGAGGGAGAGAGGGGUUGCUCCGUCUCCGCCGAGAGAGAGAGAGAGAGAGAGAGAGAGCGACGGCAUCGCAGGCGAGAGGGAUGCUGCUUCCCAAGCGCUGAGCAGCCUCCGCAGCCUCCAUGAGCGCCGAGGUCGGGGCCGUGAUGAGUCCCCCGGCGGCAUCUUCUUCCUCGGCUUUGGAGACCUCCAGUUCCUCCUCCAGCAGCAGCAGCGCCGCGUCGUCCGCCUCCUCGUCCUCCUCGUCCGCGCCGUCCAAAGCCAAGAAGCCCAGCUCGGGUCUGCGCCGCCCGGAGAAGCCGCCUUACUCCUACAUCGCGCUGAUCGUGAUGGCCAUCCAGAGCGCGCCGUCCAAGCGCCUCACCCUGAGCGAGAUCUACCAGUUCCUCCAGGCCCGCUUCCCCUUCUUCCGCGGCGCCUACACCGGCUGGAAGAACUCCGUCCGGCACAACCUCUCGCUCAACGAGUGCUUCGUGAAGCUGCCCAAGGGCCUGGGCCGCCCGGGGAAAGGCCACUACUGGACGCUGGACCCCGCCAGCGAGUUCAUGUUCGAGGAGGGCUCCUUCCGACGCCGCCCGAGGGGCUUCCGAAGGAAGUGCCAGGCCCUGAAGCCGACCUCGGCGGCCGUCUACCACCGCCUCGGCUUCCUCCCGCAAGGCUUCGACUUCCCUGCCGUGGCAACGGGACACCCCAACGCCUACGGCGCCCUGGACGUCAUGCCGCCCUACCACGAGGCCCACGUCCCGCAUAUGUCUCCCAACCCGGGCUCCAGCUACAUGGCCAGCUGCCCGGUCUCGGCCAACGACAACUACGGGCCCGACGGCGGGAGCAGCAGCAGCCCCGUACCCUCCUCACCCGCCGUGGCCAGCGCCCUGGACGGACACUCGCCCUACGGCAGCCCGCCCACCGGGCACUGGGCCGCCACUUCGGGGCCCUACCUCAAGCAGCAGGCUUUGCCCACGCACACGCACCAGCCGCCCGCGCCCUCCGGCCUCCAGCCUUACUCCCUCGAGCAGAGCUACCUACACCAAAACGCCCGCGAAGACCUCUCAGUGGGUCUGCCCCGCUACCAGCACCACCCUCCCCCGGUGUGCGACCGCAAGGACUUCGUGCUCAACUUCAACGGCAUCUCCUCCUUCCACCCCUCGGCCAGCAGCUCCUACUACCACCACCACCAUCACCACCAAAGCGUCUGCCAAGACAUCAAGCCCUGCGUGAUGUGAGUGCCGCGGAAAGCCUCCUUUUGGGCUCCCACGUGGAACAGGCGGACUUGCGCAGCUCCGCAGCGCGCGCUGAUCCGAGUCGGCGGCGUCGUUUGAGUAAGUCCAGUCCCGCCGUCGCUCGGGCCAAGCGAGCCGAAGGGAGCGGAAAGAAACCCGCGCGUGCGCACAAGCACGCACUCAUCCUUCCCCUCCACGCUGCCAGCAUGCCAUGCAGUUUGCUUCUCUCUCACACACACACAUUUCCCUUUUUGUGAUACUCGAGCCUGAAGACACUUACUUUAAGGUGCUUCUAUAUAUAUACGGUAGAACGAAAGAAGCUUUGAUCCCGCUUGGACUGCCCUGGUUCAAUGUUAUGGAAUCCUGGGAGCUGUAGUUUGGUGAGGUGUCAGAACUCCUUGGCAGAACUGGCAUGGGUGCAUGGACGCUGUAGAAUGAAUGCAGAAUUGACACUAGUUUAGCUAACUGCCAGAGUCCAGUGUUUAGUUGUAGCUUUACAAAGUCUUUCGCCUUCUCUCUCAGGGCCCUUCCAUACAACCACAUAACCCAAAAUAUCAAGGCAGAUAAUCCACAAUAUCUCUUUUGAACUGAGUCCACAUUGCCAUAUAACCCAGUUCCAAGCAGAAAAUGUGGAAUUUUAUACCGCUGUAUAGAAGGGGCCUCAAAGGUGCCUUUCAACACUGCCAUUAAUUAAUUUUUAAUUUUUUUUAAAAAAAAUUAAGGGCAGUGUAUAAAAUCCAGAUUAUUUUAUUUGAACUGGAUUAUAUAUCAGUACAUCCAGUAUAUAAAAUACAGAUUAUCUGAUUUGAUAAUCUGCAUUAUAUGGUAGUGUAGAUGCAGCCACCAAGUCCCCUUCUGCACUGCCAUAUGAUCCAGAUUAUCAAAUCAGAUAAUCCACAUCUGCUUUGAACUGGAUUGUAUGAGUCUAAACUGACAUAUAAAAUCCAGAUUAUUUGAUUUGAAUAGCAUUAUAUGGCAGUGUAGUUUCUUCCUCCAAGGCCCCUUUUACACUGCCAUAUAAUCCAGGUUAUCAAAACAUAAUCCACAUUAUCUGCUUUGAACUGGAUUAUAUGAGUCUAAACUGACAUAUAAAAUCCAGAUUAUGAGAUUUGCAUCCUCCAAGGCCCCUUCUACACUGCCAUAUAGUCCAGGUUAUCAAAACAUAAUCCACAGUAUCUGUUUUGAACUGGAUUAGAUGAGUCUACACUGACAUAUAAAAUCCAGAUUAUUUGAUUUGCAUUGCUUAUAUGGCAGUGUAGAUCCAUCCUCCAAGGCCACUUCUACACUGCCAUAUAAUCCAGAUUAUCAAAUUAGAUAAUCCACAUUAUCUGCUUUGAACUGGAUUAUAUGAGUCUAAAUUGACAUAUAAAAUCCAGAUUAUGUGAUUUGCAUUGUAUUAUAUGGCAUGUAGAUCCAUCCUCCAAGGCCCCUUCUACACUGCCAUAUAAUCCAGAUUAACAAAAUAGAUAAUACAUAUCAUCUGAUUAGAACUGGAUUAUAUGAGUCUACACUGCCAUAUAAAAUCCGGAUUAUCUGGUUUGAUAAUCUGCAUUAUAUGGUAGUGUAGAUGCAGCCACCAAGGCCCCUUCUGCACUGCCAUAUAAUCGAGAUUAUUUAUGCAGAUAAUCCACAUUAUCUGCUUUGAAAUGUAUUAUAUGAGUCUACGCUGCCAUAUAAUGCAAUCCAAAGCAAAUAAUCUAGAUUUUAUGACAGUGUAGAAGGGGCCGAAGAGUACAAGUGCCUUCUUGAACUACAAAUCCCACCAUUUCGUAGCAGUUCAAAGUGGGGUCAAACUGCAUCCAUUCUACAGGGUAGGUGCCCCCUUAGAAGAGACCCACUGAAAAUAAUGAGACUUCUCCAGUGUAUGAAGGAAUGUUUUUGUUUUAAAACAACUCUGGUUCCAGAAGACUGCAGAACUGCUAUUGAAGGCGAGGAUCCAAUUCAAGUUGGACACCAUUGGCAUCCCCUUGGAGAUUAGAGAAUGCAUGCUUUGCAACACAAACAUAUUGAGGAAAGUAAAUCCUGAUGAAUUGAAAAAAGGGCCUUAGGUUGGAUCUACACUGCCAUAUAAUCCAUAUUAUCAAAGACGACAAUCCAUAUUAUCUGCUAUGAACUGGACUAUAACAUAAUCAAGUUCAAAGCAGAUAAUAUAGAUUUUUAUAUAGCAGUGUGGAUGGGCCUAAGAAGCACUAGCAAUAAAGGCCCAUCUAUACUGUGGAACUAUUGUAGCUGGAUACUUUAACUGCCAUGGUUAUGGGAUCAUGGGAUCUAUUGUUUGGUAAGGAAUCAGCCCUCUUUGGCACAGAAUGGCCUUGUCGAACUACAAGUCCCAGAAGUCCAUAGCAUAGAGAUAUGGCAAUUAAAGUGGUGCCCUAUCCCCAAAACACACUUAUGCUUCUUUUCUUCCAUACCAUGCUUGGCUCCCAUUGCAUUCAAGAGCAUUAAAUUUCCACUGGAUCUUACCCCAGCUUUCAAUUAUUAUUAUUUUUUGUCAACAUUAUUUUACAUUUCUUCAUCUUUCCAAUCCAAAGAGCAGCUCUUUGGAAAAGAGCAUUUGAACAGCAAUAUUUCCGACUUCCUCACCAACUCUACUACUACUUUUUUCAUAGUUGUGAUGGUUUCAAGUAUGAAGUGCCUUCCUCUUCCAACCUAACCAUACCAUGGUAUCAAUUCAGCAAUUUUGACAUUGUUGUAGAUUUUUGUUGUGUGUGUGUGUAUGUGUAUGUUGUGUAUAUAUAAUUUUAAAGAAAAUCCCUGAGUUGAUGCCUUUGUUUACUUUGUUGUCAGAUAUCCCAACCAUACCACCUUUGAGGUUAGUUUGUUUUCUUUCCAUUUUUUAAAAACAAGUGUUUAUAUCACCAUCGAUUUUUUAAAAAUAAUUAUUUGAAAUAAAUAUUGUGUAUACUCACACACUAUUGCUUUUAAACAGGAGAGUAUAUUUUGCACUUAUGUAUAACGUUUUGUCAGUUUGUCCAAAUAUAGUGAUGUACAAAGUUGUUGGGGCGGGUUGUUGUUGCUGUUGUUUUGUUUUUCAAUAAAAUGUAUAUGACAA